AUGGCAUCCCCAACGAGCACCGCUGGAUUUUGUUCAAACACAGGCGACGAGCCGCUGGAUGACUACAAUAGCAUCUUGGCCACGACACGCCUUGCGGGCAUUGAGUUUCCAAGCCACUGGGACGGCACGACGCUCGUGUCGGCGUCCACACCGCGGGCCGUGCAGCUCGAGCUCACCAAGAAGCUGCAGUUUUUACCAUGGACAGCAUCGGGAUCGUUCCCGUUUGCAGGUAUCCGCUACCUCCGCACUCUACAGGAAUCCAUGGACCUGCCCGAGCUCAACUUGCUGUAUGCGCUGGAGCUGCUCCACUUGCCGGGCGUGACCACGACAUUGACCGAGCUUGAGGCGUAUCUGAGCUCCGUCCACGACAAGCAGGUCGACGCGCACCCGCUCUUGUUUCUCGCGAUGGGGCGCUGGACCAGCGACGUAGCGUACGUCAAGCUCUUUGUGCUUAAGUACCCAAGUGCGCGCGACACGUGGUUGACGGCCGACGAAAUGCGAGCGCUCUCGCCCGCGUCACCAGCACCGACGUGGUCGCCGACGGACCCGUCCCAGCUCUGGAGAGCACUGGUUGACGCAGAGCACGUGCGCUCGCCCGCCAUGGAGAGCCUCCUCGGCAUGAUUGGCAUCGCCAAGGUCAAGCGCGCGGCCAUCCAGCUCUUCCAGUCGGCGCGAGCGCGCAAGAAGAUGUCGCUUGCGAUGCAGAAGAAGAACCCGCUCUCGCUCAACUUUUGCUUUGUCGGGGGCGCGGGCACGGGCAAGACGACGGUCGCGCGGCUCUUCGCCACGCUCUUGUACGAGUCGGGUCAUCGCCCAAAGGAUGUGUUUGUCGAAGUCAGUGCGCAGUUGCUGUUGGACCAAACCAUCGACGUGUUCCGAAAGCGCGCGGCGUCGGCCAAGGACGGCGUCCUCUUCAUCGACGAGGCGUUCGAUUUGGACCCGGACCGGGAUGUUAAAGGCCGCGCGAUCGUCUCGGAGCUCAUCACGCUCGCCGAAAAGUACCGGAACAAUCUCACCAUCAUCUUGGCGGGCUACGAAGACGAAAUGGAAACCAAGCUCUUUGGCUUUAACUCGGGUCUCAAGAGUCGCUUCCAGCUCAUCCCGUUUGACGCCAUGAACGAAGCCGAGCUGCACGCUGUCUGGGACUUGCAGCUGCAAGCGCGCGGGUGGACGGCGCCGCCCGAGCUCGCGACGAUCGUGUCCAAGCGGCUUGCGAUGCGCGCGCACUCGAAAGACUUUGGCAACGCUCGGUCCGUGCGCAAGGAAGUCGAGGCCGCCACCAUGAGCGCCAUGGCUCGGCCGACCUUUGACGGUGCAAAGCUCGUACUGCGCGUCGACGACGUCAUUGGCGACCAUCCGCUGCACAACCCUACGCUCGAGCGCGUUUUGGGUGAACUCGAGGGAAAGAUUGGGUGGACCUCGAUCAAGAAGAGCGUUCACGACCUCGUCCAGCACUGCGAGAAGAACUACAAGCGACAGCUCUCGGGCCAAGCGCCGCUGCCACUGAUGCUGAACCGCCUCUUCUUGGGCAACCCCGGCACGGGCAAGACGUCGUGCGCGGCGCUGUACGGGCGCAUCCUGAAGGAACUCCACUUACUCUCGAGCGGCGACGUGGUGCUCAAAACCGCCAGCGACUUGAUCGGACACUACAGCGGCGAGACUCAGACCAAGACGCAAGCGUGCUUGGAAAUGGCCCGCGGCAAGGUCCUCGUCAUCGACGAAGCCUACAAUUUGGACAACAGUCGCUACGGCAAGCAAGCGCUCGAUGUGCUCGUCGAGAAGAUCCAGAACACGGGCUACGACGACAUGGCCGUGCUCUUGCUCGGCUACGAAGACAAGAUGCUGGCGAUGCUGCGCGACCAGAACCCAGGCCUCGCGCGCCGCUUUCCGCGCGACGCGGCUUUUGUCUUUGACGAUUACUCGCCCGUGGAGCUGUUGCAGCUUCUUCAGUAUGCGUGCACGCGCAACGAAAUUGGCUGCUCGGCGGACGCCAUGGAGGCCGCUCUUGUCGAGCUCGAGCGGCAGAAACGACUGGCGCAUUUUGGCAAUGCGGGCGCUGUGAACGCGCUCGUGCAGCAAGCGAUGGUCAAGGCGACGCGCCGUGACGGCCCCAUAGUGCUCUUGGCCGCCGACUUUGUUCGUGACGAUGUCGCGUCACCCGAUAUGGACGCGGAUCCGCUGCAGCUGCUCGACGGCCUCUACCGCAUGGACGACAUCAAGAGUCGCUUGCGCAGCCUUCGGAACGCUAUGCAAGUGGCCGACGCCGAAGGGUCGCCGCGCCCCGAGCUCGGACACUUUGUGUUUCGCGGGUCACCCGGCACGGGCAAAACGACGGUCGCGCGCGCCGUGGCGACGAUUUUGUACCAGCUUGAUCUUCUCGCGGUCGAUCAUGUCGAAGAGACGUCGGGCUUGGGUCUCACGGGCGAGUACCUCGGCCAAACGAAGAAGCGCGUGGCCGAGAAGCUCGAUGCAGCCAACGGCGGCGUUCUCUUCAUCGACGAAGCGUACGCCCUUGGCGACAAGUGGUACGGGCAGGAAGCCAUGACGACGCUCGUGGCGGCCAUGACCGACCCCGCGUACAGCGGUCUCGUCAUCGUCAUUGCCGGGUAUCCCGCCGACAUGGACCGGAUGCUGGACCGCAACGUCGGUCUCAAGAGCCGCUUCACGCAGUUUUUCGACUUUCCCGACUGGGCGACGGCCGACUGCAUGGCGUUUCUACGCGCGACGAUCGCUCGUGACAACUAUAUUGCGUCGGAAGAUGUGCUCGAGUGCAUCGAAGGUCACUUGGACGCUGUGCGCCGCCUCCCGGGGUGGGGCAACGGCCGUGACGUCAAGCAGCUCUGGAACGCAGUUCUGACCGCGCGCGCGGAUCGCAUUGUCGGUCGACCGGCAGACGUUGAGAAGACAAUUGAAGUAGACGACGUCGACACGGCGUUUACAGCCAUGAUCGCAGCACGGACACCGGUGUCGCUAUCCGAUGCGCGCGCGGAGAUAGCUCCAGUGCAGACGCCAGGCAGCAUGCCGCCACCACCAGCUAUGCGACCCACAGAAACAACGCGCAAGCAAGAUGCUCCCGAGCCGGCAAAGACAGACGAUGGUGACGCGUUCCGCCAGAACGACGACAUUCAGCGGGAUGCGGGUGUCUCGGACGCCGACUGGGCCGAGCUCGAAGCGGCGAAGAUGGUCCACGCCGCAUACCUCGCAGGCCGCCAGCAAGAGCUCGACGCCGAGGCCCUCCGUCUCGAGCUGGCCAAAGCCGCCGCCGUGCAGGAGCGCAUUCGCCGCCUCUGUCCGUGCCCUGCCGGCUUCGCGUGGUUCAAAGUGGCCGGUGGCUGGCGCUGUGCCGGUGGCGGCCACUACGUCACGGAUGCGCAGUUGACGGCGCAGUUUACGUGCUAA